AUGGGUGGCUGGGGUUUGUCUCAGCCUCUCGUCCUAAAGCAGAGAACCAAUGGAGCUGCCAAGUCCCACCCACUCAGCAGCGGGCUCUGGCUCUGGACAGAGUUUGGGGAAAAUCACAAUAUCAUACGUGCAGACCUGGGCGGCCUGAUGGACCUGGAGACUCUGUACCGUGGAGUGGAGCAGAGCAUAAACCACACCCGAGCCAGCCGCUCCCGCAGACACAGCAUGGACCGGGCCUACAACAUCGAGGUGCUGCUGGGGGUGGACGACUCUGUGGUGCAGUUUCAUGGAAAAGACCACGUUCAGAAAUAUCUCCUCACACUCAUGAACAUAGUGAACGAGAUCUACCACGACCGGUCUCUGGGAGCCAAGAUAAACGUAGUCCUGGUCCGGAUCAUCAUGUUGGGCUACGGCAAGUCCAUGAGUCUGAUUGAACUGGGAAACCCGUCUCAAAGCCUGGAGAAUGUGUGUCGAUGGGCUUUUCUGCAGCAGAAGCAAGACACGGGCGACGCAGAGUACCACGACCACGCCAUAUUCCUCACACGGCAGGAGUUUGGGCCCACCGGCAUGCAAGGUUACGCACCCGUCACUGGUAUGUGCCACCCAGUCCGCAGCUGCACUUUGAACCAUGAGGACGGGUUCUCCUCGGCCUUUGUGGUGGCACACGAGACUGGACAUGUACUGGGGAUGGAGCACGACGGCCAGGGGAACCGCUGUGGGGACGAGGUGCACUUGGGCAGCAUCAUGGCGCCGCUGGUGCAAGCCGCCUUCCACCGCUUCCACUGGUCCAGAUGUAGCAUGCAGGAGCUGGGCCGAUACAUACAUUCCUACGACUGUCUCCGUGACGACCCUUUCGACCACAACUGGCCAUCUCUGCCUCAACUUCCUGGUUUGCACUACUCCAUGAAUGAACAGUGUCGCUUCGACUUUGGCGUGGGGUACGCACUGUGCACCGCGCUACAAAAGGCCGGCCAAUCAGGACCACAGUAUCGCACCUUUGACCCAUGUAAGCAGCUGUGGUGCAGCCACCCGGACAAUCCCUUCUUCUGCAAGACCAAGAAAGGACCACCCAUCGACGGCACCAUGUGUGGAAACGGCAAGCACUGUUUUAAAGGGCACUGCAUCUGGCUGACCCCCGACAUCAUCAAACAAGACGGAAACUGGGGUUCGUGGACUGAGUUUGGCCAGUGCUCCCGGACCUGUGGAGGAGGGGUACAGUUCCGCACCCGUGACUGUGACAAUCCAAGACCAGCCAACGGAGGGCGCCCUUGUGUGGGUGCCACGGACCAGUUCCAGAUGUGCAAUAGCGAGGAGUGCGACGACAUCUACAGCGACCCGCGAGAGGAGCAGUGCCGCGCCUCGGACCCGCGCCAUGAUCUCCAUAGCAACAUACACCAAUGGCUGCCUUAUGUACACCCAGACCCUAACAAACGCUGCCACUUAUAUUGCCAAUCAAAGGGGACUCGUGAGGUGACCUCCAUGUACAGGAUGGUGCUGGACGGGACUCGCUGCUCUUACAAAGACCCUCACAGUGUGUGUGUGAAGGGGGAGUGUGAGAAAAUGGGCUGUGAUGGCAUGAUUGGAUCAUCGAAACAGGAGGACAAGUGUGGAGUGUGUGGAGGGGACAGCUCCAGCUGCAAAACGUUCAAAGACACCAUCAUCCGCACCACCAAGAAGCAGGGUUUCCUCAAAGUCCUUGAGGUCCCACAGGGAGCAAGGCACUUGCUUAUUCAGGAGCUUAAAGCAGCUCCCCACUCUUUAGCUGUGAAAAAUGAGGCAUCUGGACUGUUCUUUUUGAAUGGAGAGGGCGAUAUCCCUGAAACCCGCUCACUCAUUGAGAAGGGUGUUGAGUGGGAGUAUGAGAACGACAAUGGCAAGGAGACCCUUCAAUCUACCGGUCCACUCACACACGGAGUUCUCAUCAUGGUAAAGCUGCAGGGAGAUGAGGACGUGCACCUGUCCUAUAAGUACAUGAUGAACAUGGACAGCAACAGUGCCCUUCAGAACAACAUGCUGGUGGAAGACAGCGCUUAUGAGUGGGCCCCCAAGAAAUGGUCUUACUGCUCCAAGCUCUGUGGUGGAGGAAAAAAGUAUCAGCGGUAUGGGUGUCGGCGGAUCGCUGACAGCAAAAUGGUCCACAAAAGCUUCUGCAACAAGUCCAACAGGAAACCAAUAGGAGAUGUCCGUGACUGCAACCCUAAGCCCUGCCCACCACCGAUAUGGGUGACAGGAGAGUGGCAGAACUGCAGUAAGCCAUGUGGGAAAACAGGUCUGCAGGUGCGCUCCGUCAGCUGUAUCCAGCCGUCAGAAGACAACACCACCCGCUCCAUCCACAACAAGCACUGUAACGACAACCGACCCGAGUCACGGCAGGCCUGCAACCGCCACCCAUGCCCCACCCAGUGGAGAGUCGGGCCGUGGACACAGUGCUCAGUGACAUGUGGGAAUGGGACGCAGCAGAGGCAGGCUCUGUGUCACCCGCGGGACAACACCAUCGGCCUGUGUCUGGACAGUAAACCAGACAUCAUCAGAAUCUGUCGCAUGGACCCAUGUCCCAAGGGAACCUCAGACCUCAACAAAAACGGAAACAUGCUGAUCCAGUUUUCGUCCAGACACAACCUUUACCCAAAGAUCUCCUCACGUCAGCGUUGUCAUGGAGACCGCUCCGUGUUCUGCCGAAUAGAAACUCUGGGCCGAUACUGCGCCCUGCCGGACUUCAGGCGCCUCUGCUGCAAAACGUGCGCCAAUGAGACGGGCACAAAUGUCAGCACUCCUGUCGCAACGCCCAGCUUCUACAUUUCUAUUCCCUACCACCAAAGCUUCUACAUCUCCAAUCCCUUCAACAACAGCUCCUACACUCUUUCCUACCAACAAAGCCUCUACGUCUCCGUUCCCUACUGCGACAGCUCCUAG